CUGAACCGCACUACGGAAUCCUCAACGAACUAUACAUAUCGACUUCACAACUCCAACGUUGAUGCCCAUAGGUUCAACAGAGCCAUCUGAGGCUUGGUAACCCGAGCUAUUUUGGUUCUUUCACCAUGCCGUAUUCUAGAGUUGGUGUGAUGCCUGAGCCAGCUCGGAGUAAAGAUGUGAAAGGAUACAAUAGAAGCAGAGGCAAUAGAUCGAAAGGGAUAACGAUGGAGGUAUGAAUAGAGAAGUUGGAUUUCACUGCUUUGAURUCGAGGAUCAUUUGAGUUUCUUCAAUCCACCACCCUMUUUGCCCUUUGAUAUUACUGUUUACACGAGCAAGUGGUGAAUGGAAAAGUUUGGGUGGGAGUUCAGUAUAUCUCAAGAGAAAGACGCGUGUGCGAAAGUAUUGUCUCACAUAAGGUGUUCGCAUUCAUUUUUUAMAAAAUAACUAGGAUUUGAAGAAGCAAACCGCUUUACGAUUGGCUCAGGAACAGCAAGAGCCCCAUCAACAKCAAAGUAAUCAUGSAAGAGGUAUUGGUUGGGAAGAGCAAUAUCGGCCGUCUCAUCCUCGGUUUUAUCCUAGUAAAACUAAAAAGGGCUACCCUUUCGCAUUAGCCGAUCCUUCUGUGGUAAAUUCCCGCAACGUUUUCAAUCAUCAAAACUAUAGUAGUCACCACUCACAGGAAUUGAACCCAAGUGCAAACGCAAAUCUCAAUAUUGAAAGCCAGGAACASCAUUUAGUUUCACACGAACAACACCAAUAUCACAAUCAAAACCAACACYCUAUGAACAGGGGAUUUUCUGCGGUACCUGUCUUUGAUCAUACGAACAACACGCUGCCAUCGCAAGACCAGAAUAUGACACCUUCAUCAACAGAAAUGUAUGCCAUUGUAAGUUUUACUAUUYCUCGAUUUGUACUGUUUCAGUGCUCGUGAAAAAUGAAGUCCUGGUGAAAAUUCUUAUGUAAAAUGCUUUGUCAACAAUUGAUCUGAAAUGUUGAAUCGCGUUACAAUGACAACUUACUCAUACUAUGCCCGCAUGACACAGCAACUACAAYCCACGACGCCUUUCUCUASACCAGUUCAUAUACACGAUYUACAAUACGUACAGCAAAACACGUUCAAUACUACAAAUGGAUCGUUKCACUCGACUACUUCAACUACUUCAAAACAUAAGCUCCCUCACGGACUCACUGUCUACGAGCUAAAGGAGAUGACAAAGGCUCGGCUUCAAUCAGAAGCUGCCGAAAAGUCGAACGGAAGAAACGAAGUACAAGAAAUAUGUCGAGACCGCGUCUCGCCACUUGAUUUCGAUUCUGGGGACCAGGURCGAGAUCGUACUUUCUCUCGUGAUUCCUCAUUGAGUAGUCGAAUGAACAAUAAYCCAGUUGAAUUCUACCCACAAAACCAACAGUUCGCGCCCAACGCGACCCAAGUGCAAGGGCAGCCCCAGUCCCAACUUCUAAACUCUGGAUUGCAUCCGGUACCUAGUAUGCUAGGAGGCGGGGCAGCACCGUCAUCCUUUCGGACGACACGUUCCCGAACUGAUACUUGGGAAUCAACCAGUGUUGCAUCUCACAACAGUACUAUUCACUCUGAGAAUCUGAGUUCGGAAUCAACUUCCGAGGUUGGUAGCUUCAGUCACUCCGGUCAUAGAAAUCGUGCCUUCACGUGUCCCGCAGUCCAACCUGACAAGCCAUUAGAUGCCAUGAGCAACACGACUAGCGGACUUUAUAAUGAUUCUAGAUCAUUUUCGAGCCCGUCUCCAGUUCAAGCUUCACCUCGUCGGGGACCAGGGAUGAUAGGUGGAACUUCGCUAWUCAACGCUGCCGUUGGAGGGAACCGAUGUAGAGCUGUUACGUUGUCACCAAAUACUGACUCCAUUCUAGAAGAUAGGCCCUUCCAUUAUGACGCUUUCGAAUCUGGCGAUCGCCUGGAGAUUCCAAAUUUUUCAGGAGGAAUUUCUGGAGCUACAACUUUGUCAGCAGCRACGCCGUCACAAACUCGUCAGAGGGACUACUCUCCAGUGUUAGAACAACUUGGCCUCGAYAGUUCCUAUCUUUCAAAUGGGACAGACUCAAACAGUGUGUUCAGAAGCCUUGCAACGAGUAGUAUGUCGCCACUACAGGGCAUCACACAGACGGGUUMUAGGGAGUUGGAUAGUCUAAACGAAUUUCAGCCAAUCACAAAGAACAAAUCCGAUAUUUUCAGUGAACAAGCAAUCGAAACAAGGAUUGCAGCGCCUCCACCUGGUUUUGUGACAGCUAGCUCUUCCCCUAUCGGAAAUACCGCAUUUUCAAUAGUUGGUUCACUGGAUGGWUACUCCARUAUSAAUAGAUCUCAUCUUCUCUCGGAAGACAAUGUGCUAAGUGAUUUUGGAUCUCUUCUGGAUCUUUCGGGYCCACGCGACGAUCGAGAACGCGCCAAUACUUACACAUUUGGCUCAAAUGAGUUCAGAAGCAUGAAUGACAAUCAAAGUGGUGGCCACUGACUUUAGCCCCGUUCCUAUGGCAACUUCAUCCWCUUGAGGAACAAGUGUAUCUUGUGUGAACACAACUUUUAUGAAGGACGCCCCUUUAUAUUCUCUACACAACAAAAAUACUCGACCUACGUACAUGUUUUAUUUGCAAGUCAUACAUACAAGACAAUCAUGAGAUAUAUGAAAAUUUCACCGACAGCGUUAUGUCUGCUAUUGUAAGUGUUUUCAAAUGUUUGAAGUACGGUGAUUGGCGCUCGAACAGCGUCCAUUAUUAUCAUUU